UAAAAGCAGAAGCAGAAAAAGCAAUCACAAAACUAAAACAAAAAGCCACAGCAGCUGCAAGCGGCCGGAGCAAAAUAACAAAAAAAAAACAUUUGAAACAAUCAAACAAUCAAACAACUGCACAAUCGCAUUUGUGUAUUUAACAAUUUUCGCACAAACACACACACACACACCUAGCAGCGUAAUACACCACAUACGAAUGAAAAAUGAAGCCAACGGAGUUGCUGUCCUACUUUUGCCUAUUGCUUUUCACAAGGACACAAGUGAUAUUGGCAGUUAGUUGGGAAGAAUGGUGGACGUAUGAUGGCAUAUCAGGUCCUGCAUUUUGGGGUUUAAUCAACCCAGAGUGGUCACUUUGUAAUAAAGGACGUCGACAAUCACCUGUAAAUUUAGAACCGCAACGCUUACUAUUCGAUCCAAAUCUAAGACCGCUGCAUAUCGAUAAACAUAGAAUAAGCGGUUUAAUCAGCAAUACUGGUCACAGCGUCAUUUUCACUGCUGGCAACGAGACUGUUGCGAACUAUGAUGGCAUGCAAACGCCAGUUAACAUAUCCGGUGGUCCAUUAUCAUAUAGAUAUCGAUUUCACGAAAUUCAUAUACACUACGGAUUACAUGAUCAGUUCGGGUCAGAGCAUAGUGUGGAUGGAUAUACAUUUCCAGCGGAGAUCCAAAUAUUCGGCUACAAUUCUCAACUCUAUGCAAAUUUCUCGGACGCUUUGAAUAGAGCGCAAGGCAUUGUUGGUGUGUCGAUUUUGCUGCAGCUCGGUGACCUGUCCAAUCCAGAAUUGCGCAUGCUGACCGAUCAACUGGAACGUAUACGUUUCGGGGGCGAUGAGGCGUUCGUCAAGCGGCUGUCCAUACGCGGAUUGCUCCCAGAAACUGAUCAAUAUAUGACGUAUGAUGGCUCGACAACGGCACCGGCCUGUCAUGAGACUGUGACGUGGGUUGUGCUAAACAAACCCAUUUACAUAACCAAACAACAGUUGCACGCCCUACGACGCCUAAUGCAAGGCAGCCCCGAUCACCCCAAAGCACCGCUAGGCAAUAAUUAUCGACCACCACAGCCGCUACUGCACCGGCCCAUUCGUACUAACAUCGACUUCAAAACGUCAAAAGUGAAUGGCAAAGCUGCGUGUCCCACCAUGUAUCGCGAAGUGUAUUAUAAAGCUACAAGUUGGAGACAGCAUUGAGGCGGAACUCGGCUAUAAAUAACAACAUUAGCAGCAGCAAUCAAAGCCAAACGCAUUUGCAACAUCAACUUACAACAGUUAUCAAUAUAAGCAUAUAUUUGCACACACUUAUACAUACAUAUGUACGUAAGUACACGUAAAUCGGCGUGCAACAGGAGCUUCCAUAAAUUUAAAUAAAUAUAUUUCUAGUAGUAAUGUAAUUGUAAUGAAAUUAUUGAAUUACAUAUGCAUAGCUGAGUUACAAUGAGGUACAUACAUAAAUAUGUUCAUAUAUAAUAUACAUAAUAGUAGUGUAGGUGCAUAUAAAAAUCAAGCAAAUAAAAUAUACGUACAUAUAUGUAGCUGUAUGAAAGAAAAUAAAUUAGACUAACAAUAAAGAUUGCAGUUAGAAAAUGUGUGUCUAAAAUAAGGGAGCAGAAUUUCUAUGAAGCAAAGCAAAGUGGGCAAAGCAGUAGCGGAGGAAGUAGUACAUAUAUAAUCGUGUAAAUAAGCAACUACUAAAAAAUAUUUUUGUAACCAGGCCCACUGAAAAUACCAAUAAGUAGUUAGUAAUAGCUACAUUAUAUAAUACUAGUAUAACAUUAGAUGAAGCUAGCAUAAUUAUAUAUUUCGAAAAAAAAUAUCGAAAUAUAUAUUAUUUGCGACUAUAUAAUAUCUAUAAAUAUACGUACAUAUAUAGCAUAUACUGUUAACUGCUUCUUGCCAUCUGCCUUCUAUAAUUAGAAUCCAAAUCAACAUUUCAUUAAUCAUUGUUCGUUCGUUUCUAAAAAAGUACUUGACUAAGCUUUUUAGUUUUGCUGACAUAUGCGUUUCUGCGAAUGUUGCAAGUGUGAGUAGAAUGCAGUGUAUUCGAAGAACACCUCAAAUGCCACUCUAGUAAUGUAUGCUGAUUUCGCCAUGAAAAACCACAUGAUUUUCUUAUCAUAUAUGAAUAUUCAUACUUCGACGUCAUAAUCGAAGCAUGUUUCGCUUCAGCAUCUUUGAAUCAUUCGUAACAGAGUUUCAUAUGGGGAAAUUACUUCGAGUGAUGUCAAUAUGCUCUCGUGACUUCAAUGUCCAAUUUUUUUUUCGUGAGUCAAUCAGACGUUUUGUGGUAAUUGCAAAAAUGUAGUUUCCAUAAAUAACAGUGGAAAUUCCCGUUUACUAUUUUAGGUACAGCAGCUCUCUAAUAAAUUACUCACAUCAAGCAAAUAUAGAUCGCCUGAGACAUUUUUCUUCGGAGAGACAUUAUGUUUUGAAAAAUAUUUAGGUGAUUAAUGUAUGCCAAAUAAAUCACCAUUACACAAGUAUGGUGGACUUUCCCGAAGCAGUUAAUGUUGCCGCAAUACUUGCUUGUUGUAAAAAUUAAAAAGCGUCUAGCCAAGGAUCCUAGAAAUAUAUUCUUGACCAGAAAUUAUAGAGACAAGAUUGCUUCAGAAAUGAAAUGUAUUGUAGAGCUUUCAUGACAAUUGUAAACAUAGCUUUCCUUCCUUUAGUCCAUGACGUCACGAAUCAUUGUAUUAUUUGUCAAACGCUCUCCAAAAAAGUAACGGUAAAACCGUAAUCUCAUGUUCUGGCUUUCCUUUUUUAUGCUCUCUUGUAAUGCAACUCAGUACCGUUUUUGUUGUUUAAGCUAAGCUAGCGAAUGGAGAAAGGACGAAUAGAAGACUUCUUUUCUAGCCACAGUUGCUGUAAUAUACAUGUAAGCAUUUCGUAGAAAUACUUUUAUUUGCAUAUGAGUUAUGUAAAAGAAGUGUUAUUAAUAAUAACCGUUAAGUAAGUUUAGCUUUUGUUAUAGCAAUCGCCAGCGUCAAGAGUAAAAUAAGUAGAAUAAACCCACCAGGACGAAUAGACCCGGUCCACUCUAAAAAUAGAUUAAGUUACUAUGCAAUAGAAUAAAGUAAGCACAGUAGUAUGGAAAAAAUUUAAAAUUUUAUUUUUUUGAAAUAUAAGUACACAUAUUUAAAUAUUUUAAUUGCAUAUCCUUCAAUAAUUCUUUAAUUGAGAGUUUUUCUUCCAUAAAUGUCUACUCAUUUCAAACAUAUUAAAUUCAUCCAAUUUUCAAAUGAAUCCAUUUCAUAGGAAUUCAAUUUGUGAUUUAAUUGAUUUGUUCGGCUCGUUUUUUCGACUGCAGCAGUAUUGCAAAUUAAAGAAACACUAAAGCAAACUCAAUUAGAACUAUUAUAUUAUUUACGGUUUAACGAAUAAUUAAUACCAAAAAACCUGUAAAAAUUGUAGUGGUUGUAAAACGUAAAUAUAAAAUAAGAAUUUCGCCAGAGAAAAAACAACAUAAAAACACAACACUUUAAUUGUAACACUAUUUUGCGCUGCUGACAUAAACGGAAUUUGUUGCCAUAUAUCAACAUUUUAAUUUAUUAAUAAAAUCUGCGCACAAAUAUUUGUUAUGAAGUUGAUAUAAAUUACAUCAAAUAAUUAAGCGCCGUAUUUGCAACAUAAUUCUGACAUAUUUUCUGACAUGGUUUUUUUCACUAUAUCUCGAAUUUUUUUACCUCGACUGGCUGCACAUUUUUGGUUUAUAAUUAUGUGAUUUGUUAUUGUUUGCACAAUUAAGCGCAUUUGAGUGUUUAUUAUGAGUGAAUAAUUGUUGGAAAAAUAUGUUCAGCAAUAAAACAUGCAUUAAAGUGAUAACCACACACUGAGCGAGCAAAACCACAACACGAUUACGAGUUUUAUUUACUUUUUAUUUAUUUCGGUUUUUUCACCACUUUUUUCGGCCAAUAAACCAACCAAUUUAAACGAGCAAGCUGGUAUAUUAUAUGUAGCAAGUAAAUAAAUGACUUAAUUAUGUUCUAACACUAGUUUAUGCAGUCGGAGCGCAAAUAGUAGAUAAAAACUUUUAUUUAAGCCUUUUUUGUUGAGGCUCACCGCUUUCAUAUUUAGAGCCAAUUAUGUGUAGAUAUAAGUGAGCAGCUUCAUCAAGCUGGUGGAAUUAUUAAAUAAACUGCAUUCGAGCUGAAGCAAUAAUGAAAUUUUUUAGUGCGUUUAUAAAUUGAAUGUCAUCAGUAAGAUAACAAAAAAAUGUAAAUCCUAGAUCUAAAUUUAGACUGAAAUUGACUCACCUGCAUCAAGGAAUGCUCUUUUCUAAAGAAACAACACAGAAAAUUCAAAUUUAAUGGAGACAUUUAUUAUCAUUCGAAAGGACUUUAUUUGACAUUAAUUUUUAAGAAGGUCCAUCCGUUGAGUGACACAUUCGAGCAUUUCGACUGAUAACUGACGAAUGACAAGCGUCAUGUUUUGCUCCAAUGCUUAAAUCGAAGAGGGAUUGUCCGCAUAGACUUUAGACUUUACACCCCACAGGAUAAAGUCUAACGGUGUGAUAUGACACGAUAUUGGUGGUCAAUUGAGGUUAUCUUCUCACCGAAGUAUUUUAUCAAUAAAUCAAUUAAUUGAUGCGAUGUUUAAACCAAUUUUAUUUUAAUUCAGGCAUCAAAGAGUAGAUUAUCAUAGCGCGAAAAAGGGUCGGUUACGUUCUCACCGGCAUCCCUUUUAAGAAAUAUGGACCGAAUUGACGCCUC